CCUCCGUAUCCCUCAUAUCGAACAGCCAACGCCUGCUGUCCCCACUGCCGCCCUGAAUCACGGAGUCGCCCUUGACAGCUUGAAAGUCAUGCCUGCUGUUGUUGCUUCUUCCUCAUCCACAUCCGCGGCUCCCAACCUCUCUCCAACUGUGCGACGCCUCAUCCUGCAGACCUUCACAAAGAAGUACUCGCUUCAGCUACACGCCUCUUCCCUCUCCUUCAUCGGCCAAACACUUGCGGACCACAGCUUGUUACAUGCAGCUCCAGGUACAGAGGACGAAGAUGCUCAGAGGGAGGCCAUUGAAAUGCUGGCCAGGGGUUGCCUAGACCUCGGCGUCAUGGAGGAGGCUGGCAGAGGGAGCAGCAUGAUCACCGCCAAGCAGCUAGCUCAUGUCUACUCGCAGCUGGUGGCAGAAGGCUCAUCGUCGACCUCAUCUGGAGGCCUGGCAGAAGGUACGAGUGUAGGUCAGCCUUCAAGCACCUACCACAUGCUACCGGACGAGGAAGCUCCGCCCCCUUCGAAAUACUUCGAUAUCAUUGACUCCUUCGAUCUGCCCCGAGUGGAAUGGGAUGCCGUGGCCAAGACUUUUGUAAAACUGCCCAAUCGACCUUCUGUCCUUCCCCCGCCCCUCUCCAAGCCUCUAGCUAUACGCCAGCGCUUGCAAGCCCUGCGGGCUCUCGUCCUCCGUAAUGAGAACUUCUGUCCGCCACUACCGGGCAUAUCCCGCUCUCGGGGCUCAGAGAACACAUGGAUGAAGCUGACGUCGACUUCGAAUCUGCUGGGUAGACCCAAUGGCCGCUUCCUCCUCUUUGGACUAUUGACCACUACCUCAGAUGGGAGACUAUGUCUAGAGGACGAAGAUGGAAGGGUGGAACUUGAUAUGUCCAGCACCAUACCUGGAGAGGGUAUCUUCACGCUGGGUUCCUUGGUCUUGGUGGAAGGACGCUAUGCGGAUGAGGGCGAGGGCGAGAAGCUCUUUGUCAACGCUAUUGGACAUCCUCCCAGUGAGGUCAGGAAGAGGGCGAGGGACAUGUAUGGCCACAUUGACUGGUCAGGAAAGGGAGUCGUUUCCGCGAAGGAGGAGGCCGCUCUCUCCCUCUCACUGCAAGCCCACCACCCCGACUUGUCUUUCAUCGUUCUCUCCGAUCUUCACCUCGACGUUCCGAGUACGUUGCAUUCCUUGCGUGCAGUACUGCAAGGCUACAUCGAUGCUAGCUUUGUACCAUUUCUCAUCGUCCUCUGCGGCAACUUCCUCAGCGAAGAGGGCAGAAGGAAGGCAGACGGAGGCCUCUCGGCUUAUACAGAUGCCUUCAAUUCUCUUUCGGACGUCAUCUCCUCCUUUCCCACCCUUUUGCAGACCUCGACUUUCCUCUUCAUCCCUGGACCGGCGGAUCCCUAUUCCACUUCCCUCCUGCCCCGUCAACCACUGCCUCCUCUUUUGACAGAGCCGUUCCUGCAGCGUCUCUCCUCGAAGCUGAACCUCUCUCUUGAGAGAACCAGAGCCAAGGUAGUGUUUGGGUCCAACCCAUGCCGUGUGCGCUUCUGGGGCAAGGAUGUGGUGAUCUUCAGGGACGAGGUGUUGGAUCGCAUGCGGAGGAAUAGCGUUUCGAUUGGCGAGGCAAAGGAUCCGAAGGAGGGUGGCAUGAAGAAGUUCCUCGUCUCGACGCUGCUGGACCAGUCGCACCUUUCUCCGCUCACGCAACAAGCGCGACCAGUGCUUUGGGAGUUUGACCAUACUCUUCGUCUCUACCCAAUGCCAAGCGCACUGAUCCUAGCAGACUCCUCCGAGCACUACGAGCUCACCUACGAGGGGUGUCAUGUACUCAACCCUGGGUCGUUCCUCAGCACUACUACUUCUACCUCGGCGAAUGGUGAUGGAGUUGGAGCGGGAGCAGGAUGGUUGUCCUACUAUCCAUCGGGUAGGGGGGAGAGGAGCGAGUUGCCGAGGGGGUGA